AAAUCAGGGUCUUCCCAGGCAUAGCCUUGACACUGUAGCCACCCUACCCUAUACUGCAUCUCACACUGGAUAGUUUUACAUAUACUUGUAUCUUGGAAAUCUUGGAGUUUCUGAGCCGGGCAGCAUAAGAACAUAAUAAGAGCCCUAUUGGAUCAGACCAAUGGCCCAUGUAGUUCAGCAACUAGUUCUCACAGUGGCCAGCCAGAUGCCUGUGGGAAGCAUGUUCUUACCACCUCUGUUCUUUUGCUUGCCAUUUUGUGCUGCCUGUAGACUCCCCUUGUGCCCUGCCCCUUGAAACCACAUUUUAUGCCCUUAAUUGGGGAGGGGAUCUUCUUACAUGUUUGUGGGAGGUUGCUAUGGGAAUCUUGUGAUAAUCUGAGAGGAAAUAAGUCCUGGUAACAUUGCAGUUACUCAUGAUGUGCCUGAAGUGAAGAGGAAGGGAAACACUUAACAUAUCCAAGUGCCAAGGCUGUGCUGUGUCAUGGCUACGGACUCGGGUGAAUCAGCCAGCACAGAGGAAUCGGAGAAACCUGAUGGAGCUUCUUUGGAAUGUAGGGACCCCUCUGUUGAUGCUACUUUGACCAUGGAGACCAGGACCAAAGAGGGUGUUAACACACCUGCCUCUGGGGCAACUACAGAGAGAAAAAGGUUUUUCCGAAAGAGUGUGGAGAUAAUGGAGGAUGAAAAAGUCUUGGAACCCACUCCAAGGGACGAACAGGAACAGUAUGUGGUGAUUGGCCAGAGGGUGGCUCAUCUUUCUGCCAGCAGUCUGGUGGCAGGGCAGGAGGCCAGAAAUGAGCAUGACUCGAAGGUGAAUUUGGAAGCCUCAAACGAAAGGACCAAGAAAGAAAUAGAAGAGGAGGCAGAGAUGAAGGCUGUGGCUACAUCACCAGGUGGAAGGUUUCUGAAAUUUGACAUUGAGCUGGGGAGAGGGGCCUUCAAAACGGUCUUCAAGGGUCUGGACACAGAAACCUGGGUAGAAGUCGCUUGGUGUGAACUGCAGGACAGGAAGCUGACCAAAGCAGAGCAGCAGAGGUUUAAAGAAGAAGCUGAGAUGCUCAAGGGGCUGCAACACCCUAACAUCGUCCGAUUUUAUGAUUCUUGGGAAUCAACCGUUAAAGGAAAGAAGUGCAUUGUAUUGGUAACUGAGCUGAUGACAUCUGGAACACUGAAGACGUACUUAAAGCGUUUCAAAGUCAUGAAGCCAAAGGUCUUAAGGAGCUGGUGCAGACAGAUCUUAAAAGGGCUCCAAUUUCUGCAUACAAGGACCCCUCCUAUCAUCCACCGUGAUUUGAAAUGUGACAACAUCUUCAUCACAGGACCCACUGGUUCAGUGAAGAUUGGCGACCUGGGACUGGCCACCUUAAUGCGAACAUCAUUUGCUAAGAGCGUCAUUGGAACUCCUGAAUUCAUGGCUCCUGAGAUGUAUGAAGAACAUUAUGAUGAGUCUGUUGAUGUCUAUGCUUUUGGAAUGUGCAUGCUGGAGAUGGCCACUUCUGAAUACCCAUAUUCUGAAUGCCAGAACGCAGCUCAAAUCUACCGAAAAGUAACCAGUGGCAUUAAACCUGCCAGUUUUAACAAAGUGACUGACCCAGAAGUGAAAGAGAUCAUUGAAGGCUGCAUUCGGCAGAACAAAUCUGAAAGGCUUUCCAUCAAAGACCUCUUGAACCACGCCUUCUUUGCUGAGGACACUGGACUUAGAGUGGAGCUGGCAGAGGAUGAUGAUGGGCUGAAUUCUUCCCUGGCUUUGAGACUUUGGGUGGAAGAUCCCAAGAAGCUGAAAGGCAAGCACAAAGAUAAUGAAGCUAUUGAGUUCAGUUUCAACCUGGAAACAGAUGUCUCAGAGGAGGUGGCUUGUGAAAUGGUGAAGUCAGGAUUCUUCCAUGAAAGUGAUUCCAAAGCUGUGGCUAAAUCCAUCCGGGAUCGUGUCUCCCUGAUCAAGAAGACACGGGAACGGAGGCAGGUGGGCUACCUGGAGGAGAGGAGAGACUCUCAAAGCAAGCUGCCAAGUGGACUCCCAUUACUUCAGCCGCAAGGCUCAUCGUUCACCACUCCUUCUCAACCGAACAGGACUGAGUGUGAGGAAACAGAGGUUGACCAACAUGUCCGACAGCAGAUCCUUCAACAAAUGCAGCACAGCUCCUCCAUCACUGUUGACAGCUUACCUGAGAGAGUAGCAGAAUCAGUUAUACAGUCAGAUGUGUCUAGCCAACAUAGCCUGGCCUUCUCAGAGCUGGUUACCGGCACCCAGCAGGCAUCCAACCUCUCACAAGCUGAAAACAGUGUUCAAGGGCACAUGUACACAUCCCCACAGCUGGUGGGGCAUUACAAGUCCAUGGCAGGGGUGCAACAGCAGUCGACAAAUGUGGCCCACCCCAGUGCUUUACCAUUAAUCCAGAGUCAGCCUUCAGGUUUACCUACCCACAGCUUGGCACCCCCUGUGGCUUCCCAAGCCCAGGCCUCUCCUGUUGCAGUUCAGCAGUUCACACCAAUGAUGGCUUCAGAUUCACAGGUAUCCUAUGGUGUGGAGGGGCAGACAUCGGAUGGAUCCAUGACAGGAGUCCCUCAGCAGAUCUUGACCGUCACUUCCCCUCAGACUAUACCUGUUCCACAGAUGGCAAACCAGCACUUGUCAGCUAACAUACAGUUGAUGUCUGCUGCUAGAAUCAGUAGCCAAGCUUCAGCAUCAGUGGAACUGGAGCAUGCUUCUGCCAGCUUUGUGCCUGCCAGUCAUUCACCUGUUCUACAGGGGCAGCCUUCAGUUCAGUUUGUCAACAAUAUACAAAGUUUAGCGCAGUCUGUCCCUAAUUCUUCAGCGCUGCAGUCAGUUCCACAGGGAACUGCAUCCAUCCAGCAACCCCAGCAAGUUCCCCAGCAGAUGCUAGCUACCCAGCAGCCCCAGCAGAUGGCAUCCAUGCAACAGGGAGCCCAGCAAGUUUCCCAGCAGGUGGCAUCCAUGCAUCAGCCUCAGCAAGCUGCUCAGCAGGUGGCAUCUGCACAGCAGGUUCCCCAGCAGGUAGUGUCCAUGCAGCAGGCGCCCCAGCAAGUUUCCCAGCAAGUGACUUUACAGCCAGUUCCCCAGCAGGUGGCGCCCAUGCAGCAACCCCAACAAUUUCCCCAGCAGGUGGCGCCCAUGCAGCAGCCCCAGCAGGUGUCAUCGGGGCAGCAGUCUCAACAUGUUCCACAGCAGGUGGCUUGUAUUCAACAGCUUCAGCAGGCGACAGCCAUGCAACAGUCUCAGCAAGUUCCCUCCCUAGUAGGUUCCAUUCAGCAAUCUCCACAAGUUCCCCAGCAGGUUGGCUGUAUUCAGCAGCCCCAGCAAGUUAUGCCGGUACAUCAGGUCUCUGCCAUGCCACAGCCAAUUGCAGUGCCACAACAGUGCCCUCAGUAUCCAGGGUUGCCCCUAGAUACUUCAUUACAGCCUUCACUGGCUCAGCAAGAGCAGCAGGCCGAGCUCUUGGGUUCAACUCCAGAAAAGGUGGCUUAUUCCAUGCAGACCCAGUACCGCCUGCAACCCCAAGAGCAGCUCAUAUAUCCAGCACAGCCCCUGCACCAGCUACCAGCUUCAGAGCAGCUGACACACCAAAUACAGCCAACAAACCAGCUCCAGGCCCCAGAGCAAGCAGCAUGUCAGAUGCAUGUUGCUUACACAGCACAAGGCUUGGAUCAACCUCCCUGCCCUGAGCAACUGGUCUAUGCCAUUCCUGGGGUUUAUUCAGGACAGCCCUUGGACCAUCCAGCAUAUCCAAUGCAGUCUUUUUACCAAGGGCAGGCAGCUUACAUGACCCAACCACCGCCGUAUCAUGUUCAGCCUCCAGAGGCCCAACAGGCUCACUUAGCAGUACAGAUCAGAGAUCAACUGAGUUUUGCCGUGCACUCUCCUGAGAAAUCAUAUGCAGUGCAGGAUGGUGGUUCUGGCUGCAUGGAACAGCAGGUCUGCUUCAGGCAACCAAUGGAGGGCAUUGCUUAUCCUUCUGAACAGCACCAGCCUGAGUCAUCAACAUAUCUGAUCCAGCAGGAUUCUGACAUAGGACACCAGCAGCUGCAGCCCCCUCAUAUGGUUCACAGAAUUGCAGAAGUCCAGCAGCCAGGAUUGCAAGCCCCUUUUGUCACAUCUCAGCCAUCUUUCAUCCAACAAAUGCAGCCACAGCCUCCCUUCCAGGAGUUCAGCCAGCAUACUAUUCCUCAGCCACUCACAGCCAUAAUCCCCCAGUCUGCCUCAAGCACGCUACAUACUGUGUCUUCUGGGACGGAGCAGCCAGAACAAGCUUAUACAAUUCAAAAAACUCCAGGGCACCUGCAUGGUACCAGUCUCCUCCAGCAGUCUCAAGCAUUUCAGCCAGCUGACAAUAACCACCAAUUUACCCCUCCAUCAGUACAGCCAGCAUAUGUGCAGCAGCAGCAGCAGCCAAUGUGCCAGAUGCCAGUGUUGCCUGCAGAGUCAGUUGCCCAGAAGCAGGUGCCAUCUAAGGGUUCUGGGGCAGCAGAAUCCCUGAUCCUGCAAGCAUCACUUAGUGCAGUGACUCAGCCCCAUCAAGAACAUGUCCAAGGACAAGAAAUCCCACAGGUUUCUAUCUUGGCAGCAGAGCAACAGUCAGGAGUUCAAAAACAGGAUUCUGUCCAAGAGCUAAUUCCCGAUCUAGCCACUCUGAAGGAAGGAGCCAAUGGGUGUGACCUUCCAAGUGGAAAUGGCAAACAAGACAAGAGCAAGCAGCGGAGAGCUUCCUGUGCCCGACCGGAGAAGGGAACCAAAUUUCAGCUCACUGUGCUGAAGGUGUCAACAUCAGGAGAUAACACUGUGGAGUGCCAGCUUGAGACUCACAACAACAAGAUGGUCACGUUUAAAUUUGAUGUUGAUGGAGAUGCUCCAGAAGACAUUGCAGACUACAUGGUUGAAGAUGACUUUGUGUUGGAAAAUGAGAAAGAGAAAUUUGUUGAUGAACUGAAGGCUAUUGUUUGCCAGGCCCAGGACAUCAUCCGCAGUCUUCCUAUUGAAGAGCGAACCUCUGGGGCAGAGUCUAUUCCUUCUGAUGCAGCUAACACACAAACAGGAUCUUCUGAACAAGUUCAGAUAAACCCAGCAUCUACUCAAACUGGCAGUGAUUCCGCUCCCCAGUCAUCCCCUGUUGGUCGCUGGAGAUUUUGCAUCAAUCAAACAAUAAGGAACAGAGAAUCCCAGGCACCUUGCACUCUUCUACAGUCAACUACAGCUGGCCCAGGGUGUCAGAUAACAGAUCAUAUAAAGGAGAGUUCCAAAGAAGAUAGCCCCCAGGAUUGUCCACAGGCUGUGGAAAAUGUUAGCACCCAGCACAGACCUAUCCCUUCUUCCAGAUCAAAUGAGCUAAGUGACAGUGUGAUAUCUGAACCCCAAACAUCAGAAGCGGUCCAGUCAGCAAUUCCUCACCAAGUGGAAGGCAGCAUGGAUAAGCUGCUGUCUGCCACUGCUGGUGACAAUGAUGCUACUGCUUAUGAUUCUUCGACUUUGGUUGCAGAGACUCAGGCGGAUGGAACUCACCUAUCUUCAUACACAUCCCAUCCAACAUCUGGCAUUGCUGAGCAAAGUAUGCCCACUGAGGCCUUCAUGUCCAGAUCAACCACCUGUCACAUUCUGGCCACUGAGGAAACAGAUAACUCAGUGAACGCCGAACAGGCCAGUGGCUUGGCUCAGACACCAGGCCAAGAAAGCACUCCCUUCACAUCCACUCUGGAGUCAGACAGUGAGGGCCCCCCUAAGAUGGACUUUGUUGACAACAACAUCAAAACUCUGGAUGAGAAGCUGCGGACGCUUCUGUACCAGGAACACAGCUUGUCAGGCACUUCCCCUGAGAGCCAGAAAGACACACACAGUGCAGUGGAAUCUCCAUUCUCCUCGUCUGCUGAAGAUAUUCUUCCCUGCCCAGUACUUGAAGCACAAGACAAUGAGUCCCUGAGAGAGACCCAGCAAAGCCCCACCAAGUUUUCAGAUUCCCAGGCUAUGCUCAUCCCAUCUGCAAGUCAUCCUGACAGUUUGCCAGUGCUGAAGAGGGAGCCCAGUGCUAUCACCUCUGCUCCUAGUGAUCUCUGUAUGCAUGAGAUGUCCCCAGAGGCUUCAUUUCCUGAGAACGCUGUGGCCUGUUCUGCUUCAGCAUCAAGUGGUGGAGCUGUGCACCUGCACGCAGGAGAGAUGACUGGUGAUGUUGCUCCUGAUUGGAUUUCUCUCUCCGAGCAAGCCACAGUGGGGAAUAAGGCAACUGGUCAACCUGUGGCUGGAUCAUUCCAGCGAGGCCGAUUUCAGGUCAUCACGGUGCCACAGGCUUCAGGUGGUUCAGAAAGUGAACCCCGCGAGAUGCCUCCUACCUCAGAAGCUGGGGCAGAAGAAGAAUGGGUUCCCAGGCAAGGAGAAAUUGCUAAGAUGGCCAGUGUCAUGGGCGAAACAGAUGUGUCCUCCAUCACCCCUGAGCAGCGGGAACUGGAGCAGAACUCUGCUACUGCUAGCAGCAUGCAGUCUUGCACAGAGCCAUGGGCCAAAGGUGGUUUCAUGCAGAAGCAGCCUAGCUCUGACAGUGAACUUUCUGCCCCUGUGGGUGGUAGCUUGGAGGGCUGGGAGCGAAGCCAGCAGCAGCGAGAGGAGAGGGGUGGCACCCACACAAAGAGGCGCAGUUCCCUCUUUUACUCCCCAUCUUCCCCAAUGAGCAGCGGUGAUGAAUCUGAGAUUGAAGAUGAGGACCUGAAGGUGGAGCUGCAGCGUUUGCGGGAGAAACACAUUCGGGAGGUAGUGAACCUUCAGGCUCAACAGAACAGGGAGCUGCAGGAGUUGUACGAACGCCUCCGCUCCAUCAAAGAUAGCAGGUCGGAAUCAUCUGACAUCUCCUUGCAACUGUCGUCUCCGCGCCGGCCCAAGUCGUUCAAAAGCAAGCUGCGCAGCAGGCCACAGUCUCUCUCGCAUGUUGACAAUGGCAUUGUUGCUGCUGAAUGCUGUUGCACUACCACUGCUGCCUCUGUGAUAGACUAUCAAUUGAGCAUUCAGGCCCAUUUGUUGCACCAGAGCUGUUCACAAGCAGACACUAGCCAAGACCAGCUGUGCAUUGUCAGCAGCACUGCUUCUUGUCAGCAGACUACGGCCAAUAAGAAAGGGAUGUUCACAGACGACUUGCACAAACUGGUGGAUGACUGGACAAAAGAAAAGGUGGGGAACUCCCUUAUCAAGCCAAGUCUCAACCAGAUCAAACAGAACAAGCACCGGCUGGACACCGACAGCUGGAGCAAAGUAUAUGAGACGACAACACCUACAGUGGGCUACACAUCCACAUGGAUUUCCUCGCUUUCCCAGAUCCGUGGGACCGUACCAGCUGCUUUGCCCCAAGGACUUCCCUUGUCGCCCUUUUCUGGCACACUAUCACCAUACGGAGUGCCCCACGUAUGCCAGUACAACAGCAUGGCAGGGACAGCUUACCCAGUGCAAUGGGUGGGCAUUUCAGGGACAGCCCAGCAGUCUGUUGUCAUCCCUGCUCAGCCUGUGGGACCAUUUCAGCCAGGGAUAAGCAUGCCAGCCUUUCCAGCAUCACCUGUGCAAAACCCAGCUCCCAUCCCCCCAGGUCCCAAAUGAAGGUGGAUGCCUAAGGAUGAUAGAUAUGGGAACUGUGCCUAUAACUCAUGAUUCCAUUCCUCUGCCUUGCAUUCUGCGGCCUGGAUUUGGGAGUAAAUUCCCCAGUGCAGUGAUGGGGUGGGAGAUUGCCUUUGCAUUCUCCUCUUUGAAUACUUGAUAUAACAUUAUUGGGGAGACUUUUUUUAAGUACUUGAGAGAGCUUUGGCCUGUACAUCUCAUUGUUCCUGAGAUGAACGGCAUGCCCGUGUGCUGCUUAUUAAUGACUCUUUCCUGUCAUUCUUGCCCCAUGUCCCUCAUUUGCUUCUGUUGCUGCUGUUUUGAGGCUGAUAAUAACCCUUUUAAAAUUGUACACAUACUGGCGUUUCAGUUAAUUUGUUGAAGAUGUGGGAGCAGGAGUGGCACCUUGGAUUCUCUUUUAAUUUUAUAUUUCUCUCCGGUUUCAUUGUCAGCUCAGAUUACAGGCUAGAUAGGAGUCAAAUGACUUUAUUUGUAGUAAGACUGUCACUGAAUCCUGUCUUAAGUUCUUCCCGCUCCUACCCCAAGUGAUAGACCUUUCAGAGGUAGCGUACUAUCAUUUUGCAAGGUCUGUAGUUGUUCAGUACAGCUGCUUAUAUAAUGGCAACUCAGUCCUCAUACGCACACUCUAUUCAGUAGAUGCAUUUGGGUUGUUGGCCUGAUCUUCGUAAUUCAGUGUUUUUAAAGUUUAUUUUGCAGCUGGCACAAGUCUUACGUUGUGGAGGAGGGGAAACAGCAGAAAGGGUGAGAACAGAGUGGGAAGCUGCCUAAGGAGUUUUUAAAACAUGUCCCAUCUCACCCAUUUGCACCUCGUUUGUGAUCCUACUUAACACAGUUUUGUGGGCUGAAAAUUAUGCGUGGAAACAGGGCCAUGUGCGCAUAGUUUUGCAUUUGGUGGACUACCCUUACAGUGGAUGAGAAUGGAUAGAAACUCCUAGUAUAGAUUUUCAGUGUUGUCUCUUGCAGCAUAAAUACCUGUGGUUGCUGUGCUUGAUCACCUACUGCCAAGAUUAAGAAGUGCAUCUUUACAGAGAACUUUUGCAAGUUCUACAUGGAUGUAUGACAGCAAGAAAGUAGUGCCAGUGUCCCAUGUGACAGGCUUUCUAGUUUUGUAGUCGCAUACAACCUAAAGAGAAACAUGUGCCAGUUCAAAAACCCCUGGAGAUGUGGAAAUACGCUAUGUAAGGCCACAUAACCUCCUAAUUUUAUAGACUAUAUUUCAGAUGCCCCAUAAGUUCUGUGCUUGUGCAUUCAUCUUGCAGGAAAGUAGCUCAAUCUGAUGGUACCACAUUGACUUAAUUGGCUCAUAGGCCUGGUUUGCAUGCAGUGUUCCGCUAUGAUUUAAAUAAACUGGUUUGUCCAUGAGUACUUUGCUCCUCCCCCACUCCUGAUGGGGGAGGAAGCGAAUCAAAGUGUGGCUUGCCGUGACACGUGAAUCCAAGCUUGCAGUUUGUUUAUCACCAAACUAUGAAUGGAAGCCAAGGUUUUUUCUUAGCUUACCACUUGUGAUUUAUUUUCAGAAAACAAACCAGAUUCAGCAAUCCAGACUUGUUUCUUCCCUUGUAUGGCAUAGGUGUGUGCAUUAAACAAUAGUUGAUUUUAAACUGUGGUUUAAUGUUACAUAUGAACUGGGCCAUAGGCUAUGGAGGUCUUAAUUUACUGAGGUUAACAUUUUUCUGUUCUUUGCUUCAUUUAUUAGUCUUAAUUUUUUUCCUAGUUGGAGAGUUUUAAUGUUUCAUGUAACACUUGCUUCCUUUGAAACCCAUAAUCUUUGAAAUAUUUGCUGACACACACCUGGACUUGCUUUCUCCCUUGAUAUAUCUGGAUUGAGAAUUUCAAAUCUUCGAUUUACCUUGAAUUCAUAGAGUUAAAUAUUUGUCUUUGGGGUGUUUUAAGAGACUUGCAAUGUUGUUGGACGUUAAAGCUGGCUUGCUUUGCUGAUAGAUAUUUAGAGAAUGAAAAGGGGGAGGCUGCAUCCCUCUACAGUAAAGUUAUUGGAUUUUAACCAGCUGAGUCCCAUUUAAAACAAUGGCAUUACAUAAAUCAAAGUACCUAGGCUUAAUGGUGUGGUAGAGUGAGUUUUGGGGCCUACUUGUAAUUCCCCCACCCCCUUCUUUUGAAAUAGCCAUAGAGACAAGCUACUUCUUUGAACUUAGCCUCAUAAAAAGAUAUUCAAAACUCAAGCUGGGUGUUUUGGUGGACAAAAGACCCCAUUUUCAAUUCAUAAUGCAGCCUCCUUGUUCUGCCUGCAAAGAUUUGCAGUGCCUUGUGAUAGAUAAUCUUUAGUAUCUUUUCAGAUUUUUACUGGAAAGGCAAAAAAGUAGUUGUAGUCUUUUGAAGUUUGAUGAUGUUUAAACAGUGCAUUGCUGUAUAUUCCAUUAUGAUCUACAGCAGUAGAAUUAUAUAUCUUUUGGGGCGGGGUGUGUGUUUGUUUCAAUUUGAACUGAGAGAACAGUGUUAUGUCUUUUAUUUUGCAAAACAGCAACACAAUCCUGUUUGUUUGCUUGUUUGUUUUUUAAAAUGUUCUCCUCCUAUCUCUUUUAAAUGGAAACUUUGACUUCAAAUACAUGUUUUCUAGUUAGGGAAAACUUGUAGGAAAGCAUGGGAUUUUGUGCUGUAUUUGAAAUUUGUUGCCAAGUUAGCUUACUUGAAAUUCUUGUAAACACAAGCUGCUAGGAAAUGGUACUGAAGACCUUAUUUUCCGCAGCAUUGUGUGUGCCUUGGGUACACCAGUGGUACAUCAGUGUUUUUUGCAGCAAACACGCACAGUGCAAGUGACAAGCAUGUGUCCUUGAACACUUGUGUACACUUGUCAAGGAUCCAUCAGUCUAAAAACGGUUCCCUGUUUUAAAACUCACGUGUUUUACAUAUUGAGCCAUCUGUCUAUUCCAUGUUGGUUGGAAUUCUCAAAGAGCCGUUGUUUUCCAGUUGGCAAUAGGGGGCUCCCUUUUGGAAGGCCUUGACAUGGUUUGUUUGUCUGUCUGUCUCUCUUCUGAUAAUGGAACAAAAAUGAUGGCCAUGAAAUGAAGCAUUACAGAGGAUGAGUGGCUGUUUCCAAAAAGAACCACCAUAUCUCUCCUUCUCCCUUCCCCAUAACCUCUAGUAAUACAGAAACAAAUGAUACGAAAUCAGCACGCUCUGAGUUUCUCCCCCUCCACAAGUGGGAAAGAUGAUUAUAUUAUGUCCACAUGUAGAGAUGAGAUGUGGAGCUGCUGUUUUCAGCAGCUGCCUUGUGUCCUUUGUAACACCUACAUUUCCUGUUUUAUGUGGCCAAAAUGCUGAGGACAGAGCCAUCACUGCCCAUAGUGUGCAUGAUCAUUUCUUCUAUCCCACAAUAUUCUCUGGUUAAACAGGAGCUCAUUUUGAAACGUUACAGAAACCUGUUUGACCAUAGACAACAGUGGAGGGGGAGAGAGAGAGAAAUGAGUGGUAUUCAACAUUAGUCUUACUCAGAGUAGACCAAUUGAAGUUAAUACAUCUGACUAACUUAGGUUCAUUCAUUUCAAUGGGUAUACUUUGAGUAGGACUUAGUUGAAUGCAAUCCAAAGUCUGUAUCAUACCACCUUGAAUGAAUGAAUCUUUAUUUUUACCCCGCCCUUUUUCCCAAACUGGAACUCAGGGCGGCUUACAAAUAAAACUUCAAACUUCUGAGGAAAGAAAAAGAUACCUAGGUUGUCUCCAGUCUUUGCGCUGUGGAGACCUGAGUGGACACAGUCUCGAAAACUGAGAGGGGCACUGGCUUGUAAAUUUGACCAAACAGGAAAAAUAUUUGGUUAUGUUUUAUAUGUUUGGUUUUGAAUCUCUGCUUUUAAUGUGAAAUAUUUACUGUCCAGAUUUCUUCCCCUCCCUUCUGCUGACAUUUUGCUGUUCUUUCAAACCUGAAUCCUGACAACAAGGAAUCAAACUGUGAAUUUGAUAUUUGGGGGUGUUUUUUAAAGGCACUUUUCUGCUGUGAUGCUUUGAGACUAAGCUUGUAUGAUAUUACUGGAAUGUAUCAUUUUAAUAACUGGGUGGAUGUUUCAGUUGUACUCCAUCUGAGUUGCUUUUCCAUGUUCAAUUUAAUGUUUCAUUUUCUUAUCUACCUCAUUUGUUACUGCUGUUUCAGUCUAGGCUGUGGCCUAAACUACCAUUCCUGCAUAUUUCUUAUUGUCUAUUUUAAAUCUGAGAUGGUGUUUUGACACACAUGCCUCUUCCCUCUCCCUGUGCCCCAUUUUCCUGCUUGUCAUUUGGCACAAGCAGCUCAAAAUUUGUUUACUUUUUUAAGGAGGAUAUUUAACUUUCACAAGGAAGACUUUAGAGGUUUAUUCAUCACCUUGAGUUAAACUUAUAGCAACAGAUAAAUGAAGAGGUCAAAUCCAUGCAUUGUGUCUAGCUCAUGUUGCAACUGGUUGUGGCAGCUUAGCAAAGUGUGUGACCCACUGCCUCAUUAGUCUUCCAUUCGGCAAUGAGCCUGAUGAACAUGGGAAAAAUUAGUUUGAACAGCUUUCUUUAUUUAGGAAGGAAUUCUUCCUUUGUAUUUGCAUUGAAUUUUUGAUGACAGUUGAACUAUUGAGGGUAGUGCCAACAUAAUGCCUCCUGAUCUCUUAACCACGGUUAAAGGAUCAGCAACAGGAUGUGGAGAUUACACUCUCCCUACCUCCAGCCUGUACUUUCUCAGGUGUAAAUUCCUCCCACCCUCCCCUUCUGCUGACUUUAUCCAUAGUUAUAGCUGACAUUGGCCCCAACCUCAACCAUGAUUAAUGCUAAAACCAAGGUCUCCUGUUUACCAGCAUUUACAGCUAAGAUCAAAUUUCUGGUUAAAAGUGAACCCCUUAGUAUUAGCCGCAGCUAAGGUCUGUGCUGACAAUCGGUUAUAUCUGGUUGUUUUGUUCAGCUGAUGUAACUUGGAACAGGGGAAGAGGGAGGGAACCAAUUAUCAGCUAUUGAGAGGCUUCCCUGCAGAUCCCCCCUGCAUCUGCUCCAUAGGGUUGGGAGACCCUCCAGAGCAGAUUUAGGAUGCGUGUUGGGAGGGAUAAUUGCUUGCCUCCCCAUUCCGCUGACAGAAGCCUUAACAUCAGCUAAGCGACACUGUUGGGUGCAACCCAUUAUCUUUAACUGUAGUUAAGACCAGUGGGGGGAAUAUGUGUGCAAGAGGGGCGAGAGCACAGUCUUAUCCCACAGCUUGAUGCCUUAACCACGUUUAAAGGGUUGGGAGUGUUACAUUGGCACAAGCGUUGAGCAAGGUGUGCAGCUUACAAUUAGAAGACAGGGCCUUCAGUUGCAUUUAGGGCAAUAAAAUGAUAUUAUAGUCCUGGUUGUUUUUAAUUCUAGAACCCAGCAACACUGUUGUAAGAGUUUUGUCAUUUUUAUAGGCUACAUCACUUUAAAGGUGAACUGUAUGAUUUAAAACAGUUGCUUCAGUUAAUUAGUUGAAGUCCAAUUUAGCAUCUCUCCUGGAAUGUUGACAUAGUUUUUGGUUUUUAUAUGGGUGGAGGGUUAUUGUUUGUAAACAGAACUGACUUAAACAGCAAUUAAAAGGUGGGAAGGCAAAACUGAUUUUGUAAGGAGCCCUUAUACAAAUUUUCAUCCCUCCCCCCUUCUGUUUUCUUUCAAGACUAUUCUUCUCAGUAAAUAUUUCUAGUGUUUAUAUUCCAUCCCACAUCUAUAAUUUAGUUACAUUUUCUUCUAUAAAAAGCUGUAAUUGUGCACCGCGUAGUAAUAAAAUUGGUUCACAGAAACAAAUUCUACCCUUGCAUUUGUACUGCUGUUCACAAGGGAGGGACUGUCCAUAGGAUGUGAUUCUACACCCAGCACCCCCUAGAGUCUUGGAAUAAAACUGCAGUGAACUGUGCUCCUACAGCAUUAUGCAUUUUUAACUUAGAUCACUUUGCUCCUUGAAGGUAAUGGAAAGUCAGCUUAAACCAGCCCUGAUUCUAGCAUUUAAUAUGUUAGGUUAAGUGGAUUUCUUGCGUCAUUCACUUUGUUUUUUGGAGGUGGGGCAGUGAGGUGGGUUCCAAUUUUUUUAAAAAAAUUAAAAGGCCAAGCAUGUCUUUAUAAACAGUGUGGUAUACUGACAUCUUACUUGUCUCCUCCCCCAUAAAAUGACUCCUUCACAGGAUACGUUUCCUAUGUAGAGAUAACUUCCAUGUAGAAAUCUACGCAUGCCAUUAUGUGAAAUACGGCAUGGGCUUUGCUGCAAGUCAAAAUCAAGCAUGAAUUGAGAAGCCAUUACCUAAGAACUUAUACUUGCUGCCUUGUAUUUCACAUAUGAUGAUGUACAGUAUUUUUCCUACAGUGAGAUUAUCUGUAUGUAGGAAACAUAUUUUGCAUGAAGCAGCCCUUAGCGAUGGUCACUGAAGUGCAGAUAGUCCUGUGGAAGUCCUUUAUGUUGUUAUGUUCCAACUGAUCCCUUGUAGGGUGCUAGCUAUGCAAAGCUCUUCUCAUUUCUACAUGACAGGAGGAAGAAGAUGGUGGUUGCAGAGGAGGGAAGAGAGGGUGUACAUGUAGCUGCUAGUGGCAAAAGAAAACAUUUUUAUUGGAAUCUGUGGUAACAAAACACCCAAAUUGUACCACAGACAAUGGCAAGCACACAUCUACAUGAAUAGCCGGAAGGUAGAACGAAAGAGUAAGGAUUUUAUCCUCCCUUCCACGGCCAUAGAUUUAAUUUGCAGUACUAGGGGGAAAAAAAACAGUUUUUGUCUUUUCAAAGCAUCCCAGCGUGUUGUUUGGGUUAAUUUAGGCCUUAACUACACAUUUGGGCAGCCAUAUUGGAAGUGCAAUUGUUUUUGAGGUCCCUUAAUGCAGCUUCAAACAAGCAAACAAAAGACCUCCGCGUUAAAACUAUUGUAUUCCAUUUGAAGAAGGUCUUUCAUUCUGCAUUUCUUUUUUCUUAGAGAUUGCUGAGGAGCAUGAUAAAUUCAGAAUAUGCUGUGAAUAAAUGUCUCCUUAGAUUUCGACACUCUUUAACUUCUAAGUUUCUGAAAUACUUUUUUAUGUAUGUGAAUUAUACUUUAAUGUAGCAUCUUAGGUAUUGUUUUCCCCUCCAUUUUUUGUAACAUUAAGGCUGAGAUUCUUAUGGCUGCAUAGAGGAUGCAGGUGACCAGGUCAUUGUUAACAGAGAUGGGGCAUCCCAUUCAGUUUUUAAAAAUCAUAGCCCUGAACUUUAUGGUGAAAAAUGAAUGUCUUUUAUCAGCAGUUGUUUCCAUGUGUUUUUUAAAUUAUUUUUGCAAGCUGUGAGUUAACUUCAUUUGUACACAACCAUUAACAAAUAUUUUUAAACUGUUAUAAAGGAAA